AUGAUGGACCAGUUCGGUCUGUGGAACCAACCGAUCACGGCGUUCUGCAACCAAGUUACUAGUCAGCAGACCCAAGACGUUUCCGAACUUCGGGCCCGGUUUCCCGACGUUUUUACCACGAAAAUGGGCAUGUACAACAAGACGCCGGUAAAGCUGGUGCUGAAGGAUGAUCCCAAGCCGGUGUUUCGACCAAAACGGCCGGUGGCUUACAGCAUGGAGAGCGUCGUGGAAGAGGAACUUCACCGGUUGGAAAGCCUUGACAUCAUCAAAAAGGUUGAUUUUUCCGACUGGGCAGCACCAAUAGUCGUUGUGCGGAAGCCUAACGGGACAGUCCGCAUAUGUGCGGAUUAUUCGACGGGGUUAAACGCAGCACUAGAGCCGAACUGCUAUCCGCUCCCUCUACCCGAAGACAUCUUCACAAAGAUGGCCAACUGCCGGUACUUCAGCCACAUUGAUCUGUCAGACGCCUACCUCCAGGUCCAGGUCGAUGAGGCAAGCCAACCACUUCUUACAAUCAACACGCAUAAAGGCCUCUACCAGUUCACCAGACUGUCACCCGGCGUCAAAUCAGCUCCGGGAGCGUUCCAGCAAAUAAUGGAUACCAUGCUUGCUGGUCUGGAAUGCAUCUCUGGUUAUCUGGAUGACAUCCUGGUAGGGGGCCGAACGUUGGAGGAAUAUCGUCGGAACCUGUAUCGGGUCCUCACUCGCCUGCAGGAAUUUGGGUUCACCGUACGCAUUGAAAAAUGCAGUUUCAACAUGCGCCAAGUGAAAUAUCUGGGUCAAAUUCUCGAUGGAGAUGGCUUUCGACCAGACCCGGAGAAGGUAGCAGCAAUUGCCAACAUGCCACCCCCGCACGACGUUUCUACACUUCGCUCGUACCUAGGUGCCAUUAAUUAUUACGGCAAAUAUGUAAAGGAAAUGCGCACUCUUCGGCAGCCGCUAGACCAGCUGCUGAAAGCGGACACCAAGUUCGAGUGGUCGUCCGCCUGCCAAAAGUCAUUCGAUCGCUUCCGGGAGGUUCUUCAAUCACCGUUGCUUCUGACGCACUACAACCCUAACAUGGUAAUCGUCGUGUCGGCGGAUGCAUCAACGGUCGGGCUGGGAGCCCGCAUCGCCCACAGAUUCCCCGAUGGGUCCAUCAAAGCCAUUUAUCACGUGUCCCGUAGCCUAACCCCAGCCGAAAGCAACUACAGUCAAGUCGAAAAGGAGGGCUUGGCACUGGUGUUCGCAGUGACGCGGUUUCAUAGAAUGCUGUUCGGUCGUCGAUUCACUUUGGAGACCGAUCAUAAACCGCUCCUGCAGAUAUUUGGCUCAAAGAUAGGUAUUCCCACCUACACCGCUAACAGGCUCCAGCGGUGGGCCUUAACCUUUCUCCUUUACGAUUUCGAAAUCCGCUACAUCUCUACGGAUAGCUUCGGUCACGCGGACAUACUCUCCAGACUCAUCAACCGUCACGUGCGACCAGAAGAGGAAUACGUGAUUGCCAAUCUCCAACUGGAACACAGCAUUCGCACCGUCAUCAACGAGUCGCUGCAGGUUUUCCCGCUCUCGUUCAAGGCCAUCCAGAGCGAAACCAAAAGCGACGCGAAUUUGCAGCAAAUCAUUCGUUUCGUCAACGAAGGCUGGCCGUCGAAGAAGACCAGCAUUACCGAUCCCGGAAUCCAACAAUUUUAUCAACGUCGGGAGUGUCUCUCCGUCGUAGCUGGAUGCCUACUCUAUGGUGAAAGGUUGGUCAUCCCGCCAACGUUCAAAAAGCGCGUUCUCCAACAGCUGCAUAAAGGACACCCCGGAGUUGAACGAAUGCGUUCCGUCGCUCGUCAAUAUGUUUACUGGCCAAACAUCGACGACGAGGUAGCGAAGCUUGUCGCUUCGUGCAACGAGUGUGCCAGCGUAGCCAAGACAGACCGGAAGACUACCAUGGAAUCCUGGCCCGCACCGGAGAAACCGUGGCAACGGUUACAUCUGGAUUACGCCGGUCCGCUGGAUAGGAACUAUUUUCUCAUUCUGGUGGAUUCGUUCAUCAAAUGGCUAGAAGUCGUACGAACCAAGGAGAUCACCACCACAGCAACCUUGCGAAUCCUUCGUGGCAUCUUCGCAAGAUACGGUCAGCCGGAAACAUUGGUCACAGAUAAUGGGACACAACUCACCAGCGACCGGUUCGAAUCAUAG